AUGAUUAUCACCGGAAAUAAUGAGAAAGAAAUCAAGAAACUAAAAGAAGAAUUGUGUGCAGAAUUUGAAAUGAAGGAUUUGGGAAAUUUAAAGUACUUCCUCGGAAUUGAAGUGUUGAGAUCGCAACAAGGAAUUUUUAUUUGUCAAAAGAAGUAUAUACUGGAUUUUUUUGCAGAAACGGGAAUGAUUGAUUGUAAACCAGCAAAUACACCCAUGGUUAUCAAUCAGAAGUUAUUUAUGAAAUUAGAUGGUAAAUUUACUGAUAAAAAUAAGUAUCAACUAAUGGUGAGGAAGCUGAUAUACCUUGCACAUACUCGUUCGGAUAUUGCAUAUGUUGUUGGAGUAGUAAGUCAGUUCAUGCACCAAACUCAAGAAGAACACAUGGAUGCAGUUCUAAGAAUUAUCAGAUACCUCAAAGGAACCAUUGGUCAUGGGGUCUUGUUCAAAGUAAAUGGUCAUCUCAAGAUUCAGAAAUACACAGAUGUUGAUUGGGCUGGAGACAAAGAAAACAGAAGAUCAACAUCAGGAUAUUUCUCUAUGAUCGGAGGAAAUCUCGUCACGUUGAAAAGUAAGAAGCAAAAGGUUGUCUCUUUGUCAAGUGCUGAAGCCGAGUUCCGAGGUAUAUCUAAAGGAUUAGCAGAAGCAUUAUGGUUAAGGAAACUGAUGACAGAAUUAGGGUUUGCUCCUAUAGAAAGUAUCCAGAUUAUAAGCGAUAAUGAAGCAGCUAUUCAAAUCUCAGAAAAUCCAGUACAACAUGACUGA